AUGGCGCAUGCGGUGCGCAACAGACCUCACCAUAGCACAGGGACCUGUACUAAACAACAGUCCAGUGCCUCCACCCAAAAUAUCUCGAUUCAACUGGAGGAGUGGGGUGGGCUUGAGGAGAACGCUCCACCCAAACUACGGCUGUCAGCGCCCAGUUUCAAGGCACGAUGUCUCUACAGUUUGCGAAAUUUCAAUUUUUGUUCGCCUAAACGCACACAGUUUCCGAAAUCAUGCGAUAGCUGUUACGAAAAUCCUUCAGAAAAUAGCAAGCUAUUUGAGCGCUUUAGAAGCACUCACUUUAUCUGCAACCCACAAGGUCGCUUCAUGUUUGUUUGGUUGGGAAUAGUAGCUAUGGCUACAGUGUAUAACCUCUGGACAGCAAUAAUGCGUCAGGCCUUCCACGAGGUCCAGAAGGACAAGACAGCACUUUGGAUAGGGCUUGAUGGUGUGGCAGAUCUCAUCUACUUGGCCGAUAUCAUGGUCCAAUUCCGAACUAGCUACUUGGAAAAGGGUCUGGUGGUAAGGGAUGCUCGGAAAAUAGCGACACGUUAUCUCUGGUCGCGGAAGUUUGCUUUUGAUAGUCUUGCCCUCUUGCCUUUUGACCUCUUCCAAUUAGUUACGGGUAUUCAACCACUUUUGAGGUUCCCUCGAUUUCUAAAGUGUUUUCGUGCAUGGCAUUGGAAAAUAAUGGUUGAAAAUCGUACCACUUUUCCAAAUACUUGGCGUGUAUUGACUUUGACUCAUAUACUAUUCCUCGGUUGCCAUUGGUUUGCAUCUAUAUAUUACAUUUUGUCGGAGAGUACUCAUUUUCAAGAUUCUUGGGGCUACCCAGCACCAACAACGCCGGAGUUACAAUCGCUGCUGAGGAAAUACCUCCAAUCGUUCUACUGGGCUACUUUGACUUUGACCACUAUUGGUGACAUCACUGCACCAGAAGCAACAUUUCAGCGGCUUAACGGUCCCACUACACGAAGUACGAGCUUUCGAUUCCACCAAGUUCCAACGAAAUUUUUCGAUAUAAUUUUGAAAAAAGGCCAGUGGAGAUGUAAAUCGUCGUCUAUGGAGAUUUCAUAUACCAUGAAGUUGCAUCCAAAAGCGCCUUGGUGUGCAAUCGAAAUGCUGGAACACUUUGCUCUGUCAAAUAUGAAAGUUGCGAUUGCACACUUUGGGGCGUUUCGAACGAUGGAAAAUACUAUGCGUAGUCAUCUUCUGGUAUUGGUGCUGCAGGCGUAUGCAUUCACGAUAACCACCUAUCUGCUAGGCGUUUUCGUCUUCGCAACCAUCGUGGGUCAAGUUGGUACCAUUAUAAACAAUAGAAACGCGGCCAGGCUCUCCUUUGAAAAUUUACUCGAUAAUGCCAAAAGUUACAUGAGUACUCACCACGUGCCUCAAAGGUUGCGAAAUCGCGUUCUUCGGUGGUACGAUUACGCCUGGGAAAGACGUCGGUUGUUCGGAGAGAAUGACUUAAAUUGUUUGGGACACCUACCAGAAAAAUUGAAAACCGAGCUCGCCCUUCAUGUUCACCUGGAAACGCUCAAAAAGGUGACGAUAUUCCACGAAUGCAGACCGGAGUUCCUGCACGAUCUAGUGCUCAAAAUGAGACCCUACAUUUUUACUCCCGGUGACCUGAUCUGCCGAAAGGGAGAGGUUGCAAGGGAAAUGUUUAUCAUAGCAGAUGGAGUACUGGAAGUUAUAGGUAAAGCGGGUAUAGUACUCAAGCGCCUGGAAGCAGGUGAUUUCUUCGGUGAAAUUGGAAUUCUCUGUAUCAACGGUGGUGGCAACAAACGAACAGCAGACGUUCGAGCAGUGGGAUAUGCUGAACUGUUUGUGCUUUCACGUGAGGACGUUCUUUCAGCUCUCGCCGACCAUCCAGAUGCCCACACUAUAAUAAUGGAACAUGCAACACAGCGGCUAAUGGAAUCCAAAAGCCGAGAAGACGCUCAGGUCACAUUACACCAACAACCAACGGACCUCGCUCCUUCUGAAACAACGGCCUCACGUGGCACCGAAGAGAAGAGCAUUUUGAUGUAUCAGGAGUCGCAAGGUGCCGCAGGGUCUGCUCUGAACGAAAUUGCCCUGACCGGGCCCAGCAGAUUCACGGGUGGCGCCACCGCCGCUGUCCGCGCCGCCUCCACCUCCACUGCCACCUCUCCCGCAGCCUUCGAGGCGCAUUAUCAAACCUUCGCCGUAAAACAUUUUGACUGCGUUGCUGCUCAGUUCCAUGUUUAG